AUGAAUCGAACGCAAACAUUGUGCUGGGCUUGGUAUAAUGGAUCUGAAUGGUUAAACAAGUCUACAGACAUCGUUUAUGAUAAUCAAAUGAUAGACAUAUUGGAAACCAUCCUUCUUCCUUCUUGCGUUGGCAUUAUUUGUUCAACAGGAUUGGUUGGAAAUAUUUUCAUCUUGUUUACUAUCAUCAGGUCUGUGAGGAGGACAAUUCCCGAUAUUUAUAUUUGUAACUUGGCAAUGGCAGAUUUGGUUCAUGUUCUUGGAAUGCCAUUCCUAAUCCAUCAGUGGGCACGAGGUGGAGAAUGGGUGCUUGGCAGUACUCUCUGUACUAUUACCACAUCACUGGACAGUUGCAACCAGUUUGCUUGUGGUGCAAUUAUGGCAGCUAUGAGCUUGGACAGGUACCUGGCUCUUGUUCAUCCAUUUCAUCUGAUGAGUUUCAGAACCAGGUCAAAAACCAUUAAAAUCAAUCUAUGCCUUUGGGCUAUUUCACUUGUAUUGGUUCUGCCAGUCUGGAUGCAUGCAAAAGUCAUUAAAUUUAAGGAUGGCUUGGAAAGCUGCGCUUUCGAUCUGACUUCACCCCGGGACAUACUUUGGUAUACAUUGUAUCACACCAUAACUUCUUUCUUUGUUCCUUUACCGCUGAUACUGAUUUUCUACACACUGAUUCUAUGUUACACAUGGGGCAUCCACCAGGAAAACAAGAAAAAUGGAAGAUAUGAUGUAACCAUCCCCAGCGCACGGCUCAAACGACUAACCAAAAUGGUCCUGGUUUUGGUGGGUGUUUUUGUGGUUAGUUCAACGCCGUACCAGGUGAUUCAACUGGUGAAUCUCAAUGUCACUCAGCCGACCACAACAUAUUUCAUUGUCUAUUAUAUCUCCAUCUGCCUCAGCUAUUCCAGCAGCAGCAUUAAUCCAUUUCUCUACAUGUUACUGAGUGGCAACUUCCGGAGGAGGCUGACUCACUGCACAAAGAUUCAAAUGAAAGUAACUGAACAAAAAAUUAUUAACAUAGAAAGCACAGUAAAGUCAAGUGAUUAAGUAUAAAUGUUAUUAACUUGAGUCAUUAAAUAUAUUCAAGGCUGGCAUUAAUCAUGUUUGGCUUGUAAAUAAAUUGAGAAUUAUGGGGAUCAGACAGGAGGGGAAAAGUCAAAGCCAGGAUCAGAUCAGAUUGGAUUCUUUUAAUGGUGCAGGCUGCUGGAGCCAAAAGCUCAAUUCCUGCUCCUGUUUCUUAUGUUCUUACUGAGACAUAUUGUCUCUAUGUAAGCAAAAUAAGACUGUUAUGAAGUAUUACCAUUGAGUACUACCAAGUAUCCUAUCGUUAUUUUCUGAUUAUAAAUAUACAAUUCUGCAUUGAAUUUUAACGUUGACUGUACCACCUACUUCCGAUAAGCAGGGCAAAAUCAGUCAGGUGUAAAGUGUGUUCUGAAUCAAUGGAAUUGAACUGAGUAGUUGUGUAUUGUCAUCUCUACACCAUUAGUCUCAAGUCAACUAAGAGAGAAUCAUCUCUCUCUCAAAAUAUAGCAAGAGCUACUAUUUCAAGGAAAUUUGAAUCUAAAAUUAUAAAUCGGAUCUCGUCCCAAAAAGCAAUAAAGAUUGUAUCCCUACAAUUGAUACUUCUGUGGUGCAGGUCAAUAUCCACUGCCUGAACAAUAACAGUCAGAGCCCUGUAGUGCAACUCUUCCACGGCAUCAGAAGGAAAAUGUUUUUGAUCUUCAUCAUCCUUGUCA